AAAUGGAGUUAUCUGUCAUAAGAUGCAUUCAUGAGGGGGUACUUGUAAAUCAGUACCCUCAUGUAUAUUCUGGUCCGUUGCCGUCCUAACCGGAGGGAGUUUGGGAAGGGGGGCGCGAGGGUUCUCUGGGUCUCAGAACUAUUUAGUUCACUCGGGAGAUGAUUCUACAUCGAGUUAGAGAUGGUCUUCCUCUGAUGAAUCUUGUUAGUUUGAGAGCAGUUCCUAUUCUACAGCAGCUACAUUUGGAGGAAAGGCUUCUCAGGAGCUCAUCGGAUAAUUGGUGCAUUAUUAAUGAUGGAACAAAUCGUCCUAAUAUAGUCAUGGGGAUAUCUGGGAGACCUUCAGAACUUAUUGAUCUAAAGUCUGUGCUUCGCGAUCGUGUUCCUGUGAUUAGAAGGUUUUCUGGAGGAGGAACUGUUAUUGUUGAUGAUGGGACAAUUUUUGUCACUUUUAUUUGCAAUAAGGAUGCUAUUCCUGGGCUGCAACCAUAUCCUCACCCUCUUAUGUCUUGGACAGGCCAGUUGUACAAGGAUGUGCUUCAUGGGUUUGGUGAUUUCCAUCUCCAAGAAAAUGAAAUUUUCUUGUACUACAUGUAUGCGAGCUUAACAGUACUUGAUACCUAUUUUACUGAUUAUGCAAUCGGUUCUCGCAAGUUUGGUGGAAAUGCUCAAUCCAUAACUAAAAAUCGAUGGGUCCACCACACAUCAUUUUUAUGGGAUUAUGAUAUCAAGAAUAUGGAAUACCUGAAAAUUCCCUCGCGAGCUCCCAAGUAUCGAUCAGCAAGGCCCCAUGUUGAGUUCUUAUGUCGAAUGACAGAAUAUGUGCCCUCCAGAUCAACUUUCAUCGAGAGAACCAUUGCAUCUCUUGGAAACCACUUCUCAGUUAAACCCAUUCAUCAGGACAGAGUUAUUGAUCCUUCCAAUACAUUACACUCCAGUUCGAAGCUGUUGACCAGGCAGGAGCUGGAGGAGGCAUAUUCAUCUCUGUGUGAAAAACUUCACAUAGCAGCUAUUUCUGUAUAAUUUUUGAACAUAUGCUGAUGCAUAUUUUUUCCCUAAUUGAUUGACUAUUUUUCCCAGAGAAAUUGGCUUUCCCUUGCUUCUCAGAAUCCUAACUAUUGUAUCAUGUGUUUAGCUGUUUUUAUAUUCAUUAAUUUAAAGUUUGCUCUGCAUAGUGUGCAGCAGACCUCUUUAUGCA